CGUAAGCUACCGAGCAGCGUAGUCCAUCAUCAACAGCAUAGAGAGAACCAGGAAGGAAACCAAGGAGGAGAGAGACAUCUCCCCCUCAAACAAUUCCACAGCCUCUGGUUGAUUUUAAGGGUGCUGAGCGCUCCCAUCCUUUGGCAACAUGGGGGAACUCUUCAGAAGUCAAGAGAUGACGCUGGCUCAGCUCUUCCUCCAGUCAGAAGCUGCCUAUUGUUGUGUCAGUGAACUGGGAGAGAUCGGGAUGGUGCAGUUUCGGGAUCUGAAUCCUGAUGUUAAUGUGUUCCAACGGAAAUUUGUCAACGAAGUACGACGAUGUGAGGAGAUGGAUCGCAAGCUGAGAUUUGUGGAGAAAGAAAUAAAGAAGGCCAACAUCCCGAUAGUUGACACAGGAGAAAACCCAGAAGUCCCCUUCCCCAGGGACAUGAUUGACCUGGAGGCCACAUUUGAGAAGCUUGAGAAUGAGCUGAAGGAAAUAAACACCAACCAAGAAGCCCUGAAGAAAAACUUCCUGGAACUUACCGAGCUCAAGCACAUCCUGCGUCGCACGCAGCAGUUUUUUGAUGAGAUGGAGGAUCCCAGUUUACUGGAGGAGUCAUCCACCCUCCUGGACCCCAAUGAGCCCAUCCGAGUGGCUCCUCUCAGACUGGGAUUUGUGGCUGGAGUCAUUGGCAGGGAACGCAUUCCCACAUUUGAGAGGAUGCUGUGGAGAGUUUGCAGAGGAAAUGUGUUCCUGAGGCAGGCAGACAUUGAAGAUCCUCUGGAGGACCCGGCUACGGGCGAUCAAGUCCACAAGUCCGUCUUCAUCAUCUUCUUCCAGGGAGACCAACUUAAGAAUAGAGUCAAGAAGAUCUGUGAGGGGUUCAGAGCAACCUUGUACCCGUGUCCAGAAACACCGCAGGAGAGGAAAGAGAUGCUUGCAGGGGUGAAUGCACGCAUCGAUGACCUGCAAAUGGUGCUGAACCAGACUGAGGAUCACAGGCAGCGGGUCCUGCAGGCUGCAGCCAAGACGAUCAGAGUGUGGUUCAUCAAGGUGAGGAAGAUGAAGGCCAUCUACCACACCCUCAACCUCUGCAACAUUGACGUCACUCAGAAGUGUCUGAUCGCUGAGGUGUGGUGUCCCGUCUCCGACAUGGACUCCAUCCAGUUUGCCCUCCGCAGGGGGACGGAGAAGAGCGGCUCCACUGUGCCUUCCAUCCUGAAUAGGAUGCAGACCAAGCAGACUCCGCCCACCUAUAACAAGACAAAUAAGUUCACCGCAGGCUUCCAAAACAUUGUGGAUGCUUAUGGAAUCGGCAGCUACCGCGAGGUUAACCCAGCGCAAUUCACCAUCAUCACCUUCCCCUUCCUAUUUGCUGUUAUGUUUGGUGACCUGGGCCACGGGGUGCUCAUGACCUGUGCCGCCCUGUACCUUGUGUUGAGAGAGAGCAGGCUGAUGGCCCAGAAGAACGAUAAUGAGAUGUUCAACAUGGUGUUUGCAGGGCGCUACAUCAUCCUGCUAAUGGGAAUAUUCUCAGUCUACACUGGGAUGAUUUACAACGACUGCUUUUCAAAGUCCCUCAACAUUUUUGGCUCUGGCUGGAGCGUCAGGCCCAUGUUCGACAUUCGACGCGGGGGCAACUGGACGUUUGAAAUACUGCAGGAAAAUAAACUUAUGCAGUUGGACCCGGUUAUAGAUGGAGUGUUCACUGGACCGUACCCCUUUGGAAUCGAUCCGAUAUGGAACAUUGCCACCAACAAGCUGACAUUCCUGAACUCGUUCAAGAUGAAGAUGUCCGUCAUCCUGGGAGUCAUCCACAUGCUGUUUGGAGUGACGCUGAGUCUCUUAAAUCACCGGUAUUUCGAUAAGCCGCUGAAUAUCUACUUGGGAUUCAUCCCAGAGAUUAUCUUCAUGUCCAGUCUCUUUGGCUACCUGGUCAUUCUGAUCUUCUAUAAGUGGAUCGCAUACGAUGUCAAGAUUUCAAAGGAUGCUCCCAGUCUCCUCAUCGCCUUUAUCAACAUGUUCCUCUUCAACUACAGCGACCCCAGUAACAAACCUCUCUACAGAGGACAGAUGGUCGUACAAUCACUUUUGGUGGUAAUCGCCUUGGCCUGUGUUCCCUGUAUGUUAAUAGUGAAAACUCUAGUUAUGCGGAGACAGUAUUUGUGGCGGAAGCACCUGGGUACGCAGAACUUUGGAGGGAUCAGGGUGGGCAACGGACCCACUGAGGACGAGGCUGAAAUUAUCCAGCAUGACCAGCUCUCGCAGCACUCUGAGGAGGAGCCUGAGCAUUGCCUUUUGUCACCUGCUGUCAAGGCUCGCGAGGAAGAAGAGUUUAACUUUGGGGAUGUGGCAGUGCAUCAGGCCAUCCACACCAUAGAGUACUGCCUGGGCUGUAUCUCCAACACCGCCUCCUAUCUGAGGCUUUGGGCCCUCAGUUUGGCUCAUGCACAGUUGUCAGAGGUGCUGUGGUCCAUGGUGAUGCGCAUCGGCCUCUCGAGCAGCAGCUUGGGAGGUUUCUUCCUUCUGUCCAUAGUCUUUUUCUUCUUUGCUGUUCUCACAGUUGCCAUUCUCCUCAUUAUGGAGGGCUUAUCAGCCUUCUUACAUGCACUGCGACUGCACUGGGUGGAGUUCCAAAACAAGUUUUAUUCAGGCCAGGGCUUCAAGUUCCUCCCCUUCACCUUUGAAAGCAUCCUGGAUGGGAGAUUUGAAGACUGAGAUCUGACAACUCUGCUUCUAUGAAUGUCACUCAUCCCUUAAGAAUCUGUGGUGUUGAAUAGUGAUUUUUUUUCUGUGUGUGAUGAAGUUUCCAUGAGUGACACUCCACAAGAUUAUCUGUCAGACUGCCAUUUGUUUUAAACUUCUCAUUACUUUUUAGAAUCCAAGCGGGAACAUCUACUCAGAAAUUCAUUCAUUCCUCAGAAAAAAUAUCAUUAUCUGUAAUCUGUUGUGUGUAUUGUCAUAGUGAAGUCAUUUUUUGUUUUACCCGUGUUUUAUUUAGUUUAAUAUUAUUUAUGCAAAUCUUUCCUUCAUAAAAUGUGCAUUUUCCUGUGGUAGUGUUGCUCGAUCAUAAAUCAUAAAUGGGGUCUUCUCUGCGCGAAUGACUGAUUAUGUUGAGUGAUGCUUAUUCAGUGAAGUGACAACUGUUUACAACUUAUCUGUGUGUCCUCUCUGUACUGUUCUUUAUUGUGCACAGAGGAUCUCAUCUGCAUGAUUUUGAAAACACAAACCCACCUUGCACACUGCAGUCACUGACCUCGCACACAAAUGGCUAUAAAGGUCUAAAGGGAAAACAGUUAAACUUAUUUCAGAAUGUCAGUCUUUGAAGAGGGAGAUGAGCUGGCUCUUUAAUCCUGCAUUUUGUACUAACAUUGCCAUAAAUGCCCUUUGUGUUGAGUGAUGUGUUCUCUGUUAGUCUACAGGCAGAGACUGAACGGAGAUCUAAAGGAAGUGGAUGUUCUGUGACAGCAUGAGGUUUAAAAUGUUAUCGUCACACUUAGAAGGGAGUGACAGCCACAGCGCAAAAUUAAUUCCUCAGAAAUCAUUUACCACCCACAUUAAUUGUACAUCUGUAUCAAUAAAGUGGAAAGAGCAGGA